AUGGAAGUCGGUGAUCAGCUUUCUGAUAGUGAACAUUUUAAGGAUGCACUUAGAAAUUCUGCUAUCAAACGCGAUUUUAACUUUACAUUCAUCAAGAAUGACGAGCAGAGAGUGACUAUCAAGUGUGCUGCUGAAGGUUGUGAAUGGCGUGCUCACGUGUCCAUGGAAGGGAAAGAGGUCGCCAAGGAGGUUCUCCAUGGGAGUGAGGUGGCGAGCUAUGAUUUAUUGAUGUGGUACGCGAAGAAGGUGUUAAUGACAAACCCUGGUAGGGUUGCUAUCGUAGAGAAUGACGGUCCCCGUUUCAAGAGUGCGUUUUUUGCCUUCAAAGCAUGUGUCAUUGGUUUCAAGACAGGAUGCAGGCCAUUGCUGUACCUAGAUGGAACUCACUUGCUCGGUAAAUACGGGGGCACUUUCUUAGGUUCAACGGGAAAAGAUGGGAACGAUGGUUUCUUUCAUAUGGCAUUUGCAAUCGUAGAUAAUGAAACGGAUGCGAACUGGACAUGGUUCUUGUCAAAGCUUGGAGAUACUAUAUACGAUGAUGACGAAUAUGUGAAACUUAUUACAAUUAUAUCUGAUAGGUCCAAGGGCCUUAUCAAUGCUGUCGCAAAGAAACCCGAUCUAGCGGACUGGGCGAACUACAUGUUCAAAGGUGAGAGAUGGGGAGAGAUGUACUCAAACGUGGCAGAGUCGUUUAAUGCAUGGAUAAAAGAGGCACGCCAUCUCCCUGUCACAAACAUGGUAGACUCGAUAAGGUUUAAGCUGAUAGGCAUGUUGUGUCAUCGACAUGAACAAUCUCACAGAUGGGAGAGACGUCUAUGUCCUGUCAUACAUCGAAAGAUUGAGGAACUUGUUGAAGAGUCUCGCAACCUACUGGUCGGCCGUUCCGACGGUGACCAUUUUGAAGUGGUUGACCAGAAGAACUACUGCAUCAGUUUGAACGCUCAGACAUGCUCAUGUCAAGCCAUAUUCUCAGUACCAGAUAAUGACAAACCAGAUGAUAUCAACCACGAACUACUUGUGCGCCCUCCAAUCACCAAGAAGCCAGUUGGUCGGCCAAGACGGAAGCGUCUAGAGUCACAAGCAUCAAUCAUCCACGAAUUACAAUGUAGUCAUUGCCAUGAUGCUGGUCAUAACCGUAGAUCCUGUAAUGCAUCGAUAGCUGAUCGACUACAUGAUGUUAUUUACGUGCAGCUUGCCACAACAAAAGCGUAUGCGCGACAUUUAAGCAGUAUGAACUAA